AUUUGAUUUUACAAACUCCUACAUAUGGUUUGAGUUCUACAAUGCCCCGUUGGAGAAGGAUAUCUCCUUGAUUUGUGAUACAAUUCGUUCUUGGCACAUUGUUGGACGUCUUGGUGGAUGCAAUUCACUGAAUAUGCAAUUGUCACAAUCUCCUUUGGACAAAAGGCCAAGUUAUGAUGCUGUUCAGGGGGCAAAUGUAAAUCCUACUACGUUCUAUAACAUUGGGGAUCUUGAGAUUCAGGAUAACCUGGCUCGCAUAUGGGUGGACAUUGGGACAAGUGAGCAUUUACUGUUGGAUGUACUGAUUAAUGCUUUGACACAGAUAAGCUUCGACUAUGUUGGUAUCAAGCAAGUAGUAUUUGGUGAAUCUGAAUUUGAGAACUGGAGGGAGAACUUGACAUCGGAGGAUGCCGGUUACAGUGUUCACAAGAUAUAGAUGACUGUUGACUCUGAAAGCUCUUAUGAGAAGAUGAAACAAAGAUAUUGAAGGUAAAGAAAGGUUGUAAGGACAAAAACAACUACAGAGAGCAGGCUUUUACCACUCAGGCUUUCAAGCUGCUAAUACUGGUGCUAUUCGAGGAUUUUCCGUCAGAAGCAUUUCAACUUCUUGAUGAAGCAUCUAGUUUUGGCUUCCAAAAAUGCAUUUUGGGCUCGCUACAUCCGUACUUUUUGGAGAUGAACUUAGCCUACGGUCCUCUAUAUUGAUUAGGUACGUGUAGCCAUGCUGGUGUGAGGGACAACAGAAGUAUAGAAAGCUGCAAGUUUCCUCUUGACUGGUUUCCCUUAGAUUUUGACUACAACUUCGUGUAAGCGACAGAGUCGUAUCAAAGCAAUAUCUUCCACCACCUAUCAAUUGGCAGUGGAAGUGUUUUUACCAUUAUAACAAACCUCACUCAUCAUCAACUGUAAGUUGAAACAACAAAUUAGAUACAUCUUCAUGCGUAGAGCAGGAAAUAAUUCUCAAAUUAGAGGUUGAAAAUCACAUUAUACAAUGCGAAAGUGUCAUCCGAUUGUACUAUGAGAAACUGCUUUUAAGGUUUUGCUUGCUACGUUUGAUAGACUUCUAAACUAAGAAACAUAUAAGUUUCAUCUAUCACAUGCUAUUACAGGUGCGAAGGUGUAAGCUUCGAUCAACCAAAUGCAGAUAUUUUUUGACCA